AUGGAAAACAAUUCUCCCAGCUCGAGUUCCGAAAAAUGCUCCGUUUGCCCGGAGCCUGGAAAUGGCAUGCAUUUUGGUGCAUACACUUGUAGAGCGUGUGCAGCGUUUUUUAGAAGAGCCGCUCCUCGAAAUUCAUCAAAAAAGUGCAAAAAUCACCUAAAAUUUGCUCGAAAAUGUCGAUUUUGCCGACUCCAAAAAUGCUAUGAGGCUGGAAUGAAUUCGGAAAAGAAAGUGAUUUAUAGAUCCAUGGAACAAUUUGUGGGUCGCCCACAUUUCGUGCUAAGCUGUAAUCCGGAAAUUUUAAUUUUGAAAAAAGAUGUGAUUGAUUGUUGGCCGUUAUUGGAAAAGGCCGCAGGACUUAUAGACAUGGGCUCCGAAACCCCGCUAUUUUCAAAAAAUCGUCUAAUGAAACUUGCUCUUGCCCUUCAACAAUUUCAAGAAGCCCCUUCUAGUCAAGUUCGAUUUGUGGAAAAAAUGGGACAGAACGAAGUGAUGUCAUUUUUUGAAACGGACUUUUUGAGAGCCACCAAAUGGUUCACCUAUUUGGAUGAGUUCCGAUUUUUGGGAAAAGAGCAACAGAUUCUCCUAAUGCAAGGUGUCUGGCAUGUGUGGGCACGUCUUCAAAAACUUCAAAUGUCAGCAAUCGGCAGAAGGCGUGGAAUUUGUGACGACAAUAUGGUCAUGCUUCCUGGACACCAGCCAUGA